AUGGAAGAAGUUGGACAGAACCAAUUGGAUGAUGCGCAUGAGAUGAUGGAAAUACCAAACUUAGAAGUCAUAAAACAGAAUCUUGACUACCUGAACUCAGACCUUGAAAGGGACCUGCAGAGAUUGGAUGAGGCAAAUCAGGUUCUUCUUAGAAAAAUUCAAGAGAAAGAAGAAACUAUUCAAAGUCUGGAAAGAGAUAUCACCCUGUCAAUAGGACAAGCCAAAGAGUGGGAGGAGUUUAACCAGAUCAUAUCUGAAAGGGAGGACACCCUGAGGGACCUGGAACUAGAGACAGCAAAGCUGGAAAAAAAUAAUAAGGUACUCAGCAGAAAUGUGAUGGAGCUUCAGAAGAAGAUUUCAAAAUUUAAGGAUGUUGACCUUGAAAACAGUACUCAAAAACAGAUUUUAGCAGAUUUGAAGGUGAAACUGCAAAAGUCAGCAGAGUCCUGUGCACAGCAGGAGAAGGAAAUGGUUAAGAUAGAGAGUGACUACCAAUCUGUGUAUCAGCUCUGCAAGGACCAGGCCCACUACAUAAAGAAAUACCAAGAAAUUCUGAAGAAGAUGGAAAAAGAAGAAGAAAUGCUGUUGCUUGAAAAAGAAAUAUUCAAAGCCCAGAAUAACUCUUCCCAAAUAGUGAAGCCUGGGUCCAUUCUAGUAGAGACCAUCCAAAGCAACAUGGAGAAGGCCAUCACAAAGAAACAGAAAAGGAUCUUUUGGUACAGGCAUUUCCGUGGGCUUGUCUUCAUGGUCAUGAUCUUCAUUAGGCUGCUGGGUUAUGUGUUUUUCCACCUGCAGUACAUAAACCCAGACCUUCUUGUGGAUGCCCUUCCCCUGAUGAUGAGCAGGAGCAGCUUGAAGAGGCUGAGGGAUAUCUUAUUUCCCUUCCUCACUCUAGAGGUGGAUGAAGUUCUACCCCACUAA